UUCCUGGAGGCCGGUGGGCUCUGUGCUGCUUCUAGCAGUGCUUGUCCCACGGCCUCCUGGAGCCUAAAGCUUUGGUCUGCAGCUAAUCUACAGCAAACAUUUACAUAUGGAAAAACAAUGUGGUGUCAGCUUUCUCCUCUGAUUCUCUCUAUAUGCUCGCUGUCUUUAACGGCGCGGCAGGCCACGGCUACGGCACGUGGGGAGCUCCAGGCAUCGCCUUCCCAGAGGAGAAGCAGCAGAGAUGUUAAUUCUCCAGCUCCUGUCGACUGUCAGCUGAGCCAGUGGUCAGGAUGGACUGAUUGCUUCCCUUGCCAAGAGAAAAAACACCGGUACCGGAGGCUGGUGCAGCCGGCAGGGUUUGCCGGGCAGCGAUGCGCUGGGCACCUCUGGGCCGAGGAGGCUUGUCGUGCUGAGACAACCUGUGCUGGGACCCCUGGCUGUGGGGUGGACUUUCAGUGCCAGGAAACAGGUCGCUGUAUUAAACGGCACCUUGUGUGCAACGGAGAGCCAGACUGCAGAGAUGGGUCUGAUGAGGAGAACUGUGAGGAGGAAGAUAUUGAAAGCCCUUGUGAACAUCUGUUUCCAAUCCCAGGAGCUGAAAAAGCUGCCCAAGGAUACAAUAUCCUCACAAAGGAAGAGAGCCAGCUUGUGUAUGACCCUAAGUUUUUUGGAGGCCACUGCGAGCACGUCUACAACGGCGAGUGGCGGGAGCUGAGGUACGACGCCGCGUGCGAGCGUCUCUACUACGCGGAUGAUGAGAAGUAUUUCCGCAAACCUUACAACUUCCACAUAUACCAAUUCUUGGCUCAUGCUGAUUCUGGAUUUUCUUCUGAGUUUUACGAUGAUUCAAAGGAUCUGCUCGAUGCCCUUAAAAGUGACAAAUCCCAAACAGUAGGCUUUACCAUUGGAAUUGGGCCAGCAAAAUCAAAUUUCCUGUUAAACCUGGGCCUCACUUUAUCAGGUGGCAAAGGAUCCCUGAAGAAUUUCACACAAUACGCUGCAAAGGAGGUUGGAUUCAUUAGAGCUGUGACAAAGGUGCAGACAGCCCGUUUCAAGAUGAGAAGGGACAACAUUGUUUUGGACGAAGAUCUGCUGCUCUCCUUGCAGGAGCUUCCAGACACCUACAACUAUGGCAUGUACGCCAAAUUCAUCAACGAUUACGGCACCCACUUCAUGACAUCAGGCACUAUGGGAGGCAUCUUUGAGUACAUCCUGGUCAUUAACAAGGAGGAAAUGAGAAGAAAAGACGUCAAAGCUGGAGAGAUCAGCAGCUGUAUCGGCGCGUCCAUUGGCAUCGCAGUCAGCGAGAGCAAACUGCCUUUGGAAGCAUCCGUGUCCUCCACAUACUGUGAAAAGAAAGGAUUUCUGAAAACAGAUGCUGGGAGCCACAGUGCAGUUGUGGAGGACGUUAUUCCCCGGAUUAGAGGCGGAGACAUCAGUUCCAGCGGAGGGCUCUUAAACAGUUGGGAUGGCAACACGUACCGGCGCUGGGGAAGGUCGUUAAAAUAUAAUCCUGCUGUUAUUGAUUUUGAGCUGCAGCCCAUCCACGAAAUCCUCCGGAGAAGCAACCUUGGCCACCUGGAAGCCAAACGGCAGAACCUGAAACGGGCUUUGGACGAGUACCUGCUGGAGUUCCACCCCUGCCGCUGCCGGCCCUGCCGGCACAACGGGGAACCCGUCCUGGUGGGAGACACAUGCGUCUGCCAGUGCCGACCAGGCUAUGGAGGCCCUGCCUGUGAGCAGACCCAGCGCCGAGGUGGUGAGAUACACGGGGGCUGGAGCUGCUGGUCGCAGUGGGGUCCCUGUCAGGCGGGCAGGGCGCGGCGCCGCCGGGACUGCAACAACCCUGCCCCACAACACGGGGGGGAGCCCUGCGCCGGGAGGGACGUGCAGAGCAAAGCCUGCUGAGAGCCCCAGCACGGCCUCCCAACAGCUCUGGAGUGUGGGGAGCAGUGAGAAAUACUCCAGGGAUAAUCCUGCAAUGGAUUCAUGUCAAGCAUUGCAUUUCUACCCGUACGGGGAGAGCUGGAUUCGCCUGCCCACCAAACAAAGCCAACCUAACCAACAAGAAAACCAGACCACCUGCUCUAGCUGAUUGAAGGCAUCCCUGGCUGUCCCCUCAUUCUCACACCACAAGAUGUGAUGGAAGCCCUGGCACCACACAGAAGACAGUGGAGAAUUAGAGAAUCAUAUAGAAUGGUCUGGGUUGGAAGGGACCUCAAAGAUCAUCCAGUUCCAACCCCCUGCAUGGGCAGGGACACCUCCCACUAGACCAGGUUGCUCCAAGCCCCAUCCAACCUGGCCUUGAACACUUCCAGGGAUGGGGCAGCCACAGCUUCCCUGGGCAACCUGUGCCAGUGUCUCACCACCCUCACACUAAAUAAUUUCUUCCUAAUAUCCAACCUAAAUCUCCCCUCUAGUGGCUUUGCUGCUGGGUGAAAAAUAAAAUUACUCAAAGUGUUUCUCUAAGUAAGCUUGACAUGCAGAAAUGUUUAUAUUUUCCCUUGGAAACCACAUUAAAAGCUCAUUCGUGAUCCUUGCA